AUGAAGUACGCGUCUUUCAUCGCCGCUGCUGCGGCUGCGCUCGCCAGCGCCGUUAGCGCCGCCGGCGUUUCUGGUGCUGCUGAGGGUUUCGCCAAGGGUGUUACUGGUGGUGGCAGCGCUACCCCCGUGUACCCUUCCACCACCGAUGAGCUGGUCUCAUACCUCGGUGACAGCCAGCCGCGUGUUAUCAUCCUCACCAAGACCUUCGACUUCACCAACACCGAGGGCACCGAGACUAGCUCGGGCUGCGCUCCCUGGGGUACUGCCUCCGGUUGCCAGCUUGCCAUCAACAAGGACAACUGGUGCAACAACUACGAGCCCAACGCUCCUAAAGUGAGCAGCAUCACCUACAACAAGGCCGGUGUUCUCGGUAUCACCAUCAACUCCAACAAGUCCCUCGUCGGCCAGGGUAGUGCCGGUGUCAUCAAGGGCCGUGGUCUCCGUAUUGUCAGUGGCGCCCAGAACGUCAUCAUCCAGAACGUUGCUAUCACCGACAUCAACCCCCAGUACGUCUGGGGUGGUGAUGCCAUCACUCUGAACGAGGCCGACCUUGUCUGGAUCGACCACGUUACCACUGCCCGUAUCGCCCGUCAGCACAUCGUCCUCGGUACCCAGGCUGACAACCGUGUCACCAUCUCCAACUCCCUCAUCGACGGUCGCACCGACUACUCCGCUACCUGCAACGGCCACCACUACUGGGGUGUCUACCUUACCGGCUCCAACGACAUGGUCACCAUGAAGGGCAACUACUUCUACUACACCUCCGGCCGUAUGCCCAAGGUCCAGGGCAACACCCUCCUCCACGCCGUCAACAACUACUUCCACAACAUCGAGGGCCACGGCUUCGAGAUCGGCUCCGGUGGCUACGUCCUCGCCGAGGGUAACGCUUUCCAGAACGUCGACGCCCCCGUUGAGUCCCCCAUCAGCGGACAGCUCUUCAGCGCCCCCGAUGCCACCACCAACGAGCAGUGCAAGUCCGUCUUCGGCCGUGCUUGCCAGAUCAACGCUUUCGGCAGCUCCGGCUCCUUCAGCCAGGCUGAUACCGCCGUCAUCUCUAAGUUCGCUGGCAAGAACAUCGCUGGUUCUCACCUUGCUCAGAACAUCCCCCGGUGGGUCAUGGCCAACGCUGGUCAGGGCAAGCUCUAG